AUGCAAGAACAAUGGAGAAGAAUUGCGCAUGAGUUACACUCAGACUUUCAUGCAGUUGUUAAUAUGAGAAAUGAAAUUGCUGGAAUUGAAAGAGUUGCGGGGACUUCUGAAUUAGAGUUAUCAAAGGUGGAUGACUGGAAUGAAGUUGGGAUGAUUCCUGAUGCGGGUUCAAUGUUUUGUCUGAUUUUAGAUAGGAAAGCUAGCUUUUUGGUGGUGAGAUCUAAUGAGAGCGUCAAUCUGAAUCUUGGGAGUUCUAAUGAUAGAGCUCGGAGGGUUAAUCAAUUGAUUACAAAUACAGUUGCUGUUAGUCUUCUAUUCUCUUCUUUUAAUCCCAAUGUGUAUGUUAACAAUGUUUCGAUUGGUGGAUUGUGCAAGGGGAAGAGAAUAAAGAAUGUAGAGAAGUUGUUUGAUGAAAUGUGUGCAAAGAGAAGAGGAUAA